GGUAUCAGCAAAUUGCAUCUCAUCUGUGCGUUAUUGCUGUUUCCACCGCUAGCAAGUUCAACGAUCAAUACAGAACGUGCAAUGGUGUAAAUAUAGAUAUGUACUGACCUAAAACAUAAGAGGGAGUAAAACGUGCUCUAAGAAGUGGUUUCCGACAGUCACACUUGAGUAGAUAUGUUGCCUUAGGCCAUGAGACGAACAUACGAAAGCAGGGAAUGCAAAAUGGCGACGGGACUAACAUCAGAUUAAGGGAGUCAUUCAGAAAACAAUAGAAGUUUGAUGUGAUUGCUGUUUUAAAAAUUGACCUUGGAUUAACAUUGCGGAAAAUAUUGCUGUUGGUUGCUGCCGUAGUGUUUCUCGUCCUAUAAUACAUCCGGAGUGUUCUGUUCAGACUACACAUAAAAAACGAAAACAUUGGAUAUACCUUUUUGUUCUAAAAAUUGACUUCUUCAAAGGAUAUGAAUGAAGGAUAUACACCAAUUAUUCAUUGAAUCUAUGACCAAGUCAACUGACGCAAUGGUGGAAGGGCCUUUAAGUCAAAAUGGAUAUUCGUGCUUGUCUUUAAAAGUCCUGGGACAUUCCACCUGUAAAAUGUUGUCGAAUCACCUGGAUAUUCCGGCGGACAUCGUUACAGAAGAUGGCCUGACUCCCGACGUGUUUGGAUUAGCCGAGCUUGCUGGAUUUGAUUCCGGUUACGUCAGACGACUGGCCGCCAAGUCCGAGAAGACGGCUGUCUUGUUGGAGGCCUGGUCCAGAAAACCAGAUGGGACCAUCGGGAAACUGCUGACGUCAUUGGAUACUCUGGGGCGACUAGACUGCAAAACAGAUAUCACCCCAAGUAUUGCGAGAGACAUCAAGAACUGGUUAGACAGCGAUACAAAGGAACCCAAUCAACCAGUUGUAGAUAUCCCACAAGUUCAGCCUCCAAAGUUACGACUUCAAGCACCUGUCCUCGAUCACAUCCAGCGUCAGGCUAGCGUCAUAUCCCCACUGUCCCCCUCGUCCCCCAUGUCCCCGGCCAAAUCAACAGAGGGCGAUAACAGCGAUGGACCACUGACCUUGGACGAUCUUGACGGAAAUCAAACAUCAUACGUUGCUUGCAUAUGUUGCUCAGAUGAGGACAUAGAAAUUGCUCACACGAUUAUUGAAGCGUACCGAGAGGUUACGAAUACGGUACAGUUCUUCCUUCCUCAGGAACAACUAUUAGGCGGGAAAUACGAAUACGAAUCCCUUGCAGAGGUCAUCGAAGACAGAUGCGAUGGCCGUCUCCUUGUCAUCAUGUCCAACACCUAUGGUUCUAGUCCCGCGUGUAUAUUCUCCACACAAUUCGUCAAAUCUUUGGACCCAGAUGCUAAGAGAAGAAAAAUCAUCCCAAUCAUUAAGGACGAGGACGCCUCCUAUCCCAGAGUUCUCCGCGGCAUAAACGCAAUAAAACUUCAACGUCUCAAGUUAACGCUUCCUUUUUGGAGACUUCUGUCUGCGUCUCUGGAUAUCAAAUACGUUCCGAAAUAUAGUCAAACACAUAGUUCGUUCUUGUCCCCAUCUAACUCCAGUACAACCAAUUCAUCCAGCUCCUACUCCAAAAGUAGUUCCUCAACUUCCUCAACGAUUUCCCAUCCGGCGUCGUCCUCGAGCAAGCCCAUCCGUUCUAGGACAUUUUCUAUAGAAUCUUUCGAGAGCAUUAUUGAUAACGAAGAAAUCCCUGAUGUACCUCAGGUGUCUGAGCCCCAACGUCUGUCUUCAACAAACAGUUGUGGUCAAAAUAUAUCGAAGUCCAGUAAUUGUCAAAACAUAAUGCCCAGCUUUCCUAUUCGGAGUGAUUCACAAACAGACGAGUCAUCAUGUGACUACAGUUCGAAAGUUCAGCUACGUCACAGCAACAGUGAUACGGGAAUGGUGAAUUCCUCAGACAAUUCAUGCUCUGUUUGUAACCCGGGAGCAGUGAAAAAAUCCAGCAAGAAAUUCAUGUCAAGGAUCAUGAAAACAUUUAAAUUGAGAAGCAAAAGUUCGAAGUCUUUGAUUGAUGAAUCGGGAAAGUCUCUCAGGGUGCCUCAAACUUUACGAUCGGCGUCUGAACCCGCCGACAUUCUUCAAAGAUCAUUCAAAUCAUGUGAAGACAUAUUUGACGAGCAAAGGCGUGAAAAGUCCAAACUUCAUUAUGUUCAAAACAUUGUAACUUCCAUAAAGACUGGUCUGUCGAGGUCUAGAGAAUUUACGAAAAGUGGACAGAAUCUGUCGACAGAGACGAAAUGUGAAAAACUCCCCUCCCCAGUCAGUUCCUCCAGUGACCUUAAUGCUGCAUGUCCUGUAGUAGAACUCCCUCUCAAUAUCCGUAUGGACACUUUUAACAUCAUUCAGAGGGAGUACUCCGUGGAAGGCAAUUCAGAUUCGGCCAUCAUGCGAUCGUCCAGCUAUUCUAAUAGUAACACGGAGUCGGCCAUUUUGAGAGGAGCUGAGUCGACAGAAAGCAUUGAUGACAACAAUGCGCAAUACUCACUAUGUUAAACGUUACGUGGUGAGACCUAAAGUCCCUUUGUGUUUUAGCAUUUUCAUCGCAAUUUACACAGAAUUAGGAAAGAGCUUAUAGCAUGUUGAUAGUCUUUCUUGAUGUAUGUAUUUUGUGUUUCGAUUUUGUAAAGUUAAAAAUAUGUCAUAAUACUUGUUCGUAAAUCAUUGAGAUAAACGAUCGCCUAUUAUGCUAGAUUAUUCGUAUUUUCACCCAUUUCAUUAAGGAUGUAUACUAUCAUCGUCAUAAAAGCUUACUUUCUUUUAAAACAGGAAAUGGAAAUAUAGAUAUCAGCAAUAUUCGUAUAUUCCUAUUAGAUAUGAUUUUCAAACUGAUUAGCUCAAUCAGUUAGCGUGACGACUUCUGAUCGCAGGUUCGAGUCUAGCAGGGUUUUUUUUCCAGAUUUUCUACUUGCAUUUUUUUAAUUACCAAAGUCAAGUAAGUUUCCAAUUUCAAAAUAUUGUUGUACACUUCCUCCACUUUUCAUCCAUAUCAAUUUUCUCUGUUGUGUUGUUCCUCCUUAAGAUUUAAUUGUUAUCAAUUUUCUCUGUUGUGUUGUUCCUCCUUAAGAUUUAAUUGUUAUCAAUUUUCUCUGUUGUGUUGUUCCUCCUUAAGAUUUAAUUGUUAUCAAUUUUCUCUGUUGUGUUGUUCCUCCUUAAGAUUUAAUUGUUUUUUGUACAUAUGAAUGUAAAAUUAUGUUACAUUUUCAGAAAUAAAUGAAUAUGAAAAUAU